AUGGCAUUAAAGAGAGCAAAACAUGAACUAUCUAUGAAGGUUGCUGAACAGGAAGAGGAACUUGAUGACCAAGCUGGUCAGAUACAGCAGUUAGAACAGACUAAGCUACGUCUGGAGAUGAAUUUACAGAAUCUCCGUCAGCAACAUAUGAAAGAGAUAGAGGAGAAGGAUGAGGAUCUGGAAGAGCUGAGGUAUUCUACACAAAAAAAGCUGAAACAGUUGGAGAGUCAACUGGAAGAAGAGUACGAUGACAAGAGAUUGUUGAUGCAGGACAAACGUGAACUUGAACGACAAGUACAAGAGAUGAUGACACAAGGAGUCCAGAACAACAGUGAUAAUGAAAGGAAACUGAAAAAAGAUCUUCGUCGUACCAAAGCCCUCCUCCGAGAUGCCGAAAUUGUUAUUCAGAAACAGCAAAGUACUGAAAGCUCUAAAGCAACAAUACGUCAACUGAGGAAUCAGUUGGAAGAUGCAGCCUUUACUGCUGCCUCUGCUGUGAAAGCUAAGAAGAAUCUAGAAAUAGAGCUGGAAGAACUACAACAGCAGCUUGAAGAAAUGUCGAAAGGAAAACAAGAUGCUGAGGCACGUUACAUGACAGUGUUGCGGGAGUUAACGGAUGUCCAGAGUCGGACAGAAGAGGCUGAAGAAGACAUGAAUGAAAUAAUGGCCAAAUAUAAAGCAGCUGUCCGUCAGCAAGCAGUUGAUCAGAUCACAAUAUCAGAUUAUCUCCGACAUAAUGAUGAACUUCAAACUGAGAAUGAGAAACUAAAGUCUGAAAUUUCCAGUUUGACCACUAAAGUAGAGUCUGUCGAAGACCAAACCGUGAGUAAGACACAAGUAUCGCGGCUGGAGAGUAAAGUGAGGGAGGUAGAGUCAAAGUUGGAACUAGAGACUUCAACACGACACCGGUUAGAGUCCAAUUUGGCUCGGCUGAAAGAACAGCUAGAGAAGGUGAUGGAGGAGCGUGACCGUGUGGCCGAAUUGAGGCACCAGUCUGAAGAGAAGCAGAAGAAGCUGCAACGACAGAUAAGAGACAUCCGGGAGGAGGCUGGAGAACUGCAAAAGAGAGAAUUGGAGACAAAUCACAAGAAACAGGAAUUGGAAAGUCGUUUGACAGACUUAGAGAUUGAUUUUGACCAGAGCCAGUCUGACCUGAAGUUGGCCUUCAAGAGGAUUUCUGGACUGCAGGCAGCUCUGGAAGAAAGUGUUGAGACUGAUGAAGAUGAUGAGAGUUACCUGUCUUACAGUGAUGAAGAUUUUGAAGAUGAUCUGGAAGACACCUUUCUGUCGAACCAUAAACCAGUUUCAAGUGUGUAUGACAGCAGUAACGAGAGGUCGAGGUCAAUAUCAGGGACAAGCUAUGAACAAGAUGCCCAGUUUGGAGCAGAAACAUUAACAUUCAAUAAAGGGUCUGUGUCUGAAGCUUGA